AUGUUUUCCCUCCACAACUACAUAGUAUUUCUGCUACUAUUAUUUGCAUUCUUAACCCUUACCAGCUCCAUUAAUUCACAGCCCACCCUCAGACACAACGAUUGUUAUGGAUCAACUGGAACUGCCAACGCCAGUUACAAUUCCAGCCUCACAGCCGUCUUUGAAUCUUUAUCAUCUAAAGCUUCCCAAAACUACAGCUUCUACAACGAAAGCUCUAAUAUUAGCAUCUACAGCCUCUACCUGUGCCGAGGUGAUGUUUCUAAUGAAACCUGCAAAAGCUGUGUCAGCUCUGCGACACAAGAAAUCAGAAAUCGGUGUCCAUCUAGUAAGACUGCCAUCAUAUGGUACGAUGAGUGCACGUUAAGGUACGCCGAUGUUAAUUUCUUCGGCAAGCCAGAUACUCAGCCAUGGUUGAUCAUGAAUAAUGUGGAGAAUACUACUUCACCUGGGCAACCUAAUUUCUAUGCACGUGGUUUGUUGGAACAACUAAUAGGGCGUGUCAAUGAAAAAGACAGGUUGUUCGAGACCGAUGAGCAGAUAGUGAAGAUUGGCGAUAGGUCCUUGCCGAGCUAUGGGUUGGUGCAGUGUACUAGAGAUCUUGAUGUUGGUUCGUGCGGAAAGUGCUUAAGCGACUUGGUGGUUGAAGCCCAAGUCUGUUGCGAAUCCAAAAUCGGAUGGCGUAUCUCUGGCCCGAGUUGCUCUCUGAGGUAUGAGAACUACUCUUUCACUGAGCCGCCACCAGCGCCGCCAGCAACUCCGCCGUCCCAAUUCGUGCCGCAAGCACAGCCCCCGCCUGAUAAUGGAAGUGGAGGAAAGAAGACAACAAAGAUCAUAAUCAUUACCAUAUCAUCAAUUGCAGUAGUUGCAGCUCUCUUAGGUUUCUGGUAUUAUUCAUCCUCUGGCAGGAGGAAACAAGAACGAGAUAGGGAAACAGGCCAAGAAAUUCCAUUACGAAAUAAUUUGGCAAGGUCACUUUCAAUGCACUUAAUGGACAAUAGUAUGCAUACAAGGGAUGAUGACGACAGUGGAGAAAUGCAUUACUUUGAUUUAACUACCAUAUUGACUGCCACUAACAAUUUCUCUGAUGUAAAUAAGCUUGGAGAAGGUGGUUUUGGCCCAGUUUACAAGGGCAAGUUGAUUAAUGGAAAGGAAAUUGCAGUUAAAAGGCUUUCAAUGAAAUCUAAACAAGGUCUUGAGGAGUUUCAGAACGAAGUGAUUUUAAUUGCAAAACUUCAGCACAAGAAUCUAGUGAGGCUCUUGGGAUGUUGCUUAGAAGAAGAUGAAAAGCUUCUAGUCUAUGAAUUCAUGGCAAACACUAGUCUUGAUGCCUUCUUGUUUGAUCCAAACAAAUGUAAGGAUCUAGAUUGGGCUAAACACAAAAACAUUGUCAAUGGGAUUGCCAAGGGCCUUCAAUAUCUACAUGAGGACUCUCGACUCAAAAUCAUCCAUAGGGAUAUGAAAGCAAGUAAUGUAUUGUUGGAUGAUGAGAUGAAUCCUAAGAUAUCAGAUUUUGGCACUGCUAGGAUUUUUGGGAGUAAUCAAAUGGAAGCCAACACUAUCAGAAUCGUGGGUACAUAUGGAUAUAUGGCUCCAGAGUAUGCAAUGGAGGGGCUAUUUUCAAUGAAGUCCGAUGUUUAUAGUUUUGGAAUUCUAAUGCUAGAAAUUGUAAGUGGAAAAAAGAACAGUGGCUUCAAUCAUCCAGACCGUACACAAAGCUUUUUGUCAUAUGUAUGGCAACUAUGGAAUGAAGGCAAAGGAGUGGAAUUGAUAGAUCAGACCAUAGUUGAUAUUUGUCCAAUAAGUGAGGCUCUGAGAUUGAUCCAUAUUGCGUUGUUAUGUGUCCAAGAAGAUCCAAAUGAUAGACCUACAAUGUCAAGGGUCAAUCUCAUGCUUGCAAGCACAUCGAUAAAUCUUCCUAAGCCAUCAGCACCUCCAUUUUCUGUUGGUAGAUUAAUCAUAUUUGAUCAAUCUUCAACAAUUGGCACUGGAACUGGAACGGGAUUUGUCACAUCUGAUCUAUCUUCAACAAGUGCUUCUAGCUAGUGAAGAGAUUAACCCGAUCAUGAUAUUCAACAAGUGUUUCAUCUUCGUACAAAUGUAGCAGGUUAGGAACAAUAGCUCUUGUAUAAACAUACCCUACUUCUAUUCUUGUACUAACUAAUUCUUAGAAUUUAAAUAUAUUUGCAUCCACACCGGAAUUAGAUUGAAUUGGCACAUA